UUUAUUUCAGUUUUAUACAAAAAGAGACAUAAUUACACUGUGGGAAAGUCAAUCAGCAGACGUGCGAAAAUGUAGGGUAUGUCCUCUCCCCCUGUAUUUAAAUGCCCUCAGCACCAAACGUUGCCCUCCUGUCCCUUUCUUUUAAAAAUCUAUCGGUUCCCAAUAAGCUAUUAAGUAUGUAAUACGAAUCUGAAGUCCGUGCUGAUUAUCAAUUGGACCAAACCAGAAAGGUGAAAGUUAUCAAACAGAUGUAGGUCCUACAGUUUUAUGAUCUUCUCCUUUCUUUGCUUUUUAAUAUAAUGGAACUUAAAGUUUGGGUGGAAGGCAUACAAAGAAUUGUGUGUGGUGUGACUGAGACUACUACUUGUCAGGAUGUUGUGUAUGCACUCGCUCAUGCCACUGGAAAAACUGGACGCUUUACUCUCAUAGAGAGAUGGCGUAACAACGAGAGACUUCUUGCCCCUCAUGAACACCCACUCAAGAUUCUUAUGAAGUGGGGUGAAUACUCCAAUGAUGUUCAGUUAAUACUUCAAAGAUCAGGAGGCGUCCAGCAAUCUCUAACAGGCUCUUCUCAACAAACUCAAGCUGCGGAUCCUUUGCAUGGGUUUUCUCCAUCCCCAUCAGAAUCACCAGACUCUAGACAUUCUGGUUUUGGCAUGGUUCCUGAACGAAACAAAGACAUCCGAAAAUCGCUUACCUUCUCUGGUGGCCAUCAUCCACAAUCCCUAACAGAAAGGAGGUCAACUGUUAUUUCACAAGAUGCUUCAGUUUCUAAAUCUAGUGUGGAUGCCACUUCCUCACCGAGUCAGUCUCGAACUGCUGAGAACAAUAGCCAAAGUCACCAUAUCCAGCAGUCACUUCAACAGCAGACAAUGUCAACUCCUACUCCUCAUGGGACCAAAAGGGAGAGGGAGGCUCCACCAUAUCGAGCUCCUCCACCAGGGCCUGCUGCUGCUGCUGCUGCCGCCGCUGCUGCCGCCGCCGCUGCAGCUGCUGCUGCUAGUCCACCUGUUCAACAGUCACGUAGCUCUGCUGCACCCUUACCUCUUCCCCCUUACCGAGAUCCACCACCUCCUACUCAAAGCCCUGUACGACCAGCUCAGUCCUUGCAACCAUCCCACCCACCAACAUCUGCCAGCAAACCAAGGAGGAAUAUUUUAAAAGACUUUCCCACCACUCAAUCUGCCACAGAAACUGAGUCUCAUCAAGAGACUGUGCUUUACAAUGCACAGUAUCGAGAGCUGAUUCGUCUUGUCAACUAUCAGCGAGAAAAGCUAUCAUCACAACAAGCAGAACUAACAAAGUUUGACGCUGAAAUUGUAUUCUGGGAAGGAAAAUCCCAGGAACAAAAGAGGCAAAUGGAGCUUAUUGCUCAAGAAACUUCAAGAAUUGAAGCUCAGAGCCGUCAAAGUGAAGAACAGAUACGAGCACUAAGCCAUGUUGAAGAGGAAAGUGAAUUAGUUCGCCAACAAGAGAAAACGCUUAAGUCAGAAAUAACAUUACUACGAUCAAAGCUAGCAAAUUGUGAAACUGAGUUACUGCAGUGUAAGAACAAAAUAAGACUACUAGCUGAAGAAACUCAAAUGGAACAAAGAGCAAUACAUUCUGAAAAAGAAAAUCGACAACAGCUAGAACGAUCACUAUUAUCUGAGGUAGAAAGAUUGCAACGUCAGGUUGAUCUAGCAAAGCAGUCAUCUGAACAAUCAGCGCAGUGUGGUGAAGACUUGCAUAGAGAGGUGGCUGCUUUAGAGUCUGCCAUAUCAGAUAAGAAACAGCAAGUUGAGCAGCUAGUUGCAGAAAUGAAAGAAGCUAAUCUACAAAGUCUAGCAAUAGCUCCUGCUGAAGAAUUGAAGCAUUUAUUGGAAGGAUCUACAUUUUGUCUUGGUCCACACAAACCUGGAAGUACACGCAAGAUGAUUGGAUCCCCUCGCCAGCUUGAGAAUGCUGUUCCAACCAGUAAAAAUCCCCAUGGUGUUUGGGUUUGAAGAGAUCACUUUGUGCUGGUUUACAGCUCAUGGAUUUUUCUCAUCAAAAGUGUUUCUCUUUUUGGCUGUAAAUACUGUCUGUAGUUAUAUUUACAGCACAUUCCAUAAUUCUCACUGUCAAAGGUACACGAAUUUCCACACACAUCACAAAAGAGUUGUUAUUCUCAAAGAAGGCAAAAGCAAAUUGUACCAUGUUAUCUUAUACAAAUGCUUGGUUUCAUAUGGAAUUGUUUUGACUCUUGGGCAAACAUUAUUUCUUUGUUCAGUUAUUGGUGUAUAACAAUUUUGAAUUCUGGUUUGGAUGCAACUCUGUAAGUAUCAAUGUGUACAUACCCCCCCCCCCCCCCCCCCCCCCCCCCCCCAAAUAAAUCCCAGAAACAUACUAGAUUAGAAUUGUUAAACUUCUUGAAUAAUUUAUUUCUGCUAUCUUGUUGUUAUUUGUACCGUUUUCACUAUUGUGUCUAUUUUUUACAUAGAUAUUAGAUGUGUACUUCUUAUUUCAAGACAACUUGUAUUUUUCUCUAAAAUGUGCUGAAGCAUAUUGUUUAUCUGUUGGGCCCUACUUACUUUUCUUUUCUAUUCAGUUGACCAUUUAGGUUGAAUAGAAAUUAGACUGCUCGCUUUGUACAUUUCAGUUGUGAUGUGUUUAUUCCAUUCCUUUACUUGAUAUAUGUGGUCCCUAGUACAAAUUUUCUAUAACAGUAUUUAGUAUUUCUUAUGGCAUUAUUCACCAGAUUUUAUUUACUUGAUUUUUACAAAGCACCUUAUUUUCUGUUCUUUUCACUGAAGUAUUCAUAUUUUUAAAUUAUUUCUAAAAUUUAUUUACGUAGUUUAUGAGGCUUAAGAGUUUUAUUUCUUUUAUUUGUUUUAUCCACAUUGAAAGUUCUACACUUUUAUGAUAUGAAAUGAUUUCAUUUACUCCACUCCCACAUUGAAAGCAAUUUUGUAAGUAAGUUUGAUGUGUUUCACUUUAGUUUUUGUCAUCACUCCAGUUUUAAUGCAAUUUGAAAUUUGUCUUGUGCUUUCAGUUGGAAACUGUGAUUGUUUACUCCAGUAAAAAACUUCUCUUUUAGUUCUCCCACUACAUUACCAUAGUGAAUGAUUGUAUUAAGUGUGGUUUUGUGGAUAUAAGUGGUCCAUUAGUCAGUGACUCACUGCCAAAGAAUAUUUCCCCCCCUUUUUUAAGUGCUUGAUACGGUGUGUCAUAUUGUACCAUCUCAUGUACUUGUUUAUUUAUGUUUUCUAUUGAUUUAUUUCUAGAGCAAUGUAUGAUAUCAAUUGAUUGUUACUAGCUAGAUUACUAGUCGUCUUUGGCUGCUCCUGUAAAAUUGUCAUCUGCUAUUUCUUGCUCAUUCAUGCUAGCUUCAAAGUACUCAUCAUUUAUUAAAUAUUUUAUUGUCUUUGCAGUGAACAAUCUAGGUUUGAACUUAUGUUUUGUGAAUUAGUUCUUUCAUAAGACAAGUUGUCUCUAGGUUCUUGCAUGCAGCUCAAAGACUGGCUCAGAUUCUUAAUUUUAUGCAACUGCAGUUAGCCUGAUCUGAAGUUAGUCUUUACAUGUAUUGUGUUGUGUGCCAUUCCAUCUAAAAUUCAAAGAUUUCAAUUUAAUAUUGAAUUCUUUGGGGAGCACGUCUUAUACUUUAGGUAUUUUUGCACCAUGUCUUCCUGUCACAUUUAUUUUGUUAGCUGAACUGUAUUUGUUAUCAGGCGUCUAGCCAGAGGGCAGACCAGUCACGCAGGUCUAGACUUCCCCGAAACGUCUUGUGGGUACGCAAUUUGCUGUGCAAUUCGCCUGUAUGUAGGCAAAAAGUACAUCAUAGCAAACGUAAAUAAGGACAGCUUGUGCCUCAGACGGACCUGUGAUCCAAAAACUAUUUUCUCCUGAAAUUUGUAUUAUCUCAUUUCUAAAUGUUCCAAAAAGAUAAAGAAGUCCGAGAUCGGACCUCAAAUACUGUUGAUACAGAAAUUUACCUUACAAUUGGCAUUAGGCUCAGAGGGUACGAAAUUCCAUUGUAGCAUCAAACCUUCCAAGAACAUUCCCAGAAUGUCAUUUUUUAGGUUCCCUGAACGUUCAGCGAACAUUCCUAGAACGAUUCGUGCUACCAGGGUUGGGUGAAUUCUGUAAGGGAAAUACCUGUAUUUUCCCCAAGACAUUUUUGAAAUUUCAUCAAUUUUGACAAGUAAAUUUUUCUCAGCUAAAUGCUUUGUGGCCCUUUUUUUUUCAAUUCAAUUGAGGAACAUGUCCACCAAUUAUCAGCCCAAAAGGACAGCGUCUUAAGCACGAGCUGUCCUUACUUACAUAUGCCCUAAAUGAACUCCUGGCUACGCGCCUGCUUUGUUAUAGAAUUAUAAUCUGUGAUGUUUUUCAAUCAAAAGUUCUCAAAUUUAUCAUGGUAGCUGUAGUUUUCAUGUCUCAAAAAAUGUAGUGCAUACUCUACUUAUUACAUUGCGAAGAAAGAGGGAGACAAGUUAUUUAUUAAGAAAUUGUUAUGGAUGAUUGAAUGUUUUGCAAGAAGGGUGCUAAAGGUGCCAUAGGACUCAGUGUUUAUAAUAAAUGUGGUGUUGAGUAUCUUGCAAUUAAAUGUUUUCUUGAAAAGUAAA